CAGCAGCAGCAGCAGCAGCAGCAGCAGCAGCAGGAGUAGCAGUAGCAGUAGCAGCAGUACUAGCAAUAGUACUAGUAACAGUACAAAUAGCAGCCUUUCUCCUGAGGCUCCCUCCUCUCCUGACAAUGCUCAUAUGGGGUCAGGAAUGAGUGUAGUGCUCCAAGCACCUUCAGGCUUGGCUGCUCUCCCAGCUGCCCCUAUCACAGUGGCUCCCCCUGCCCUCUCUCCACAAGACUAUUCUGGUGAUGGUUACUCUUCCUCAUCAGAAUCUCCUGACCCCCACUCUCCUUCCCUUCAGGUCCAUGAAUCAGAUCAGGCUCGAGCAAGUCAGGGGAGAGAGAUAGAGUCUGUAAAACUGAAUACUAAGGACGAUGCCCUUGCCCUCAACAUUAUUACUGGAGCCACGGCCCAGCCACCGCCUGGUAGCGAUAAAUUCGUGCCCUGCAUUGACUUCCACAUAUCUCCUAAUGAUUUAGCCCUUGCUACAGUACCUGGGCAGGACUUUGACCCGCGAACUCGAUGCUUCUCCGAGGAAGAGCUCAAACCUCAGCCCAUGAUCAAGAAAAGUCGGAAGCAGUUUGUUCCACAAGAAUUGAAGGAUGACAGAUAUUGGGCACGACGUCGAAAGAAUAACAUGGCCGCCAAACGUUCUCGUGAUGCACGCAGGCUCAAAGAAAAUCAAAUUGCAAUGCGUGCUAACUUCCUAGAGAAAGAGAACAAUGCCCUGACUGCAGAGCUACAGAAGGCUCAGGCAGUGAUGGAGUCGCUUAAGAAGAGGCUGGCUAUGUAUGAGGCAGUAUAAUAUGCCACAACUACUCCACAUUAUGAACUUGGCACUGAGAAUGCAAGUGGAAAAAGUGGCGAAAGAGGUGGAUUCUCUGAAGCUUCGUCUGCGCAAGUAUGAAGACGUGUAGAGAUGUCACAUCACCACCAGAGAUGAAACUCUCACUCAGGAUGGGCCCGGCUCAUUAUACCCAAUUUUCACUUCCAAGUGAAAGUUUUGGGUAGAGUAACAGCAAUUAAUCCAUGUAUACCUCAAUGUUGAAAAAUAAAUUUGACCCUGAUUAUUACUAUAUUCAUGGGAAAGCACUAAGCCUGCAAGGGUCAUACAGUGCCUGAAGCAAGUCAGUGUUUGUGUAAUGUAUUGAGGAAUAAAGUAAAUAUUUGAUAAACUUUAAUCACAUCAUCACUAAGUUCACAGUUUUACCAGGUUUUCUGUGAAUUGAUGUAUUGAAGCAGACCUACCUCAUGUUGCUGCUGCUGAUGUUGAGAUUUUCUUAUUUAUAUGAAGCGUUUAUCCCCUGUGGGUCAGUCAGCACAAAGAAUAGGAGAGGCUUGAGCCUCCAUUCACUGAUGAGACAGAAACUGUGUGUGCAAUUAGGGCUGCUAUCAGGAGAUAGGUUAUAUCUCACUAAGUGAGUUUUCAACAGGUUUACAUAAUUUUUUUUUUUUAAUAUCCAGGUGUUGAAGAUGAUUUAGAAUCAUCUGGGGUAGAAGUCAUGAGGGCUGUGUAGUUAUAGCAUAACGUAUGCAGGAGUUGGCAGCAAUUAGAGCGCUCUGAACAGCGCAGAGAAGGUAUGACUGCUGUACCUUCAAAUAAUCAUGUGUCUCAUAGAAAAAUAGAUUAAUAAUGGUUUUAUUCAUUAUUAAGCAACAGUCAUUAAAGCUUUUGUAUUAUAAAUUUAUACAUUGUAGAAAGAAAUAAUUUUAUUAAUAAUGUGCAGACAUCAUUGAGUUGUGUUAUCGGUCUGUCCCUCUUGUGGCACUGUCUGCACAACGCAGUGAUAUGAUAUGGUUUCUAUGUAAUUUUCAUCCACCAUCCAAUCUCAUUUAUUUAUUUUCUCUCUCUCUCUCUCUCUCUCUCUCUCUCUCUCUCUCUCUCGUAUAUCCUCAGAAAUAGCUUUAUCACACUUCACGUGCCUCUACAUUUUUAUUUUGUACUAUGCAUUUUUCAUCCUCUGCAAUCAUAUUUAUUCACAAGUUCAUGAAUGUGCGUGCACAUGCUCACAAAGCAAUGGUUGACACCAUAGCAGCAGCAGCAGCUAGAAGUGCAUGUAGGGCUAAAGAAAAGCCACUUAUUAUGGGUGAUUUCAACCACAAAUAGAUUGAGAGAACUAGGACCCACAUAGAGAACUGCAAACAUGGAGAGCUAAGUUGAUGGAGAUGAUUAGGAAAAACUUUUUGAUUCAGAAUGUUAAGGAGACAGCAAGAGAGAGAGCAAGAGAGAUUAGCCAACAAGAUUAGAUCUAGUAUUGAUUGCAAGUACAACUGAUAUAUGUGAAUUGGAGUAUGGGAACCCUCUUGGCAUUAGUGUCAUGCAGUUCCGAAGUUUGAAUACCUAGUGGAACUAAAGGCACAGGGAUGCAGGCAAGGUGGAAGGCAUAAGAAACCAGACUUUAGAGUGGAGAAUUUCGAAGGGAUGAGGGAAUUCCUGAAUGAAGUGCAGUGGAAAAGAAAACAGGAAGGAAAGUCAUUGGAUGAAAUAAUGGAAUAGCUUACUGGAAAGUGCUGGGAAGCAGAGGAGAACACCAUACCUGGAAGAAGAAGGAAAUAUAUAAGACAGAGAGUCCUUGGUUCAACAAGAGAUGCAGAGAGGUAAAAAAGAAAAACAAAAGCGAGUGGAAAAAUUAUUGAAAGCAAAGGGUAGACGAGAACAAAGAAGCCAGAGAGUAGCCAGAAAUGAUUGUGCAAGAAUGAGAAGAGAGGCUGAGAAACAAUUUGAGGAUGCUGUAGCACCAUAGGCUAAGUCAGAACCAAAACUGUUUCACAGCCGCACCAGAAGAAAGACGACAGUAAAACACCAGGUAAUUUGAAGGAAGCUCAAAAAAAUGACAAGGAAGUCUGUGGAGUGUUUAAAAAAUUAUUUACAAAGGUCUCAUUGGAAAUGAGAAGUACCAGAAAGCCUGGGGAAAAAGUUACACUGACAGGUACUGGAUGACAUACAAAUGCCAGGAAUUAGGUAAAAGCAUUGGGAUAUGAGGAGUCACCAUGGAUUCUGUGAGAAGGAGUAGAAGCACUGUCUGAACCACUAAUAAAUAAUCUACAACAAGUCAAUGUGUGUGUGACAGUUGCUAUAUUUGGAAGACAGUGAAUGUAGUCCCUAUAUUUAAGAAAGGAGACAGGCAGAAAGUGUUGAACUACAGACCAUUUUCAGUGGCAUACAUGUCACUGAAGGUAAUGGAGAAGAUAAUCAGAAGGUGAGUAGUAGAACACUUGGAGAGAAGUGGUUUCAUGAACAAUAACCAGUAUGGGUUUAGAGAUGGCAGAUCUUGUCUUACAACCUUUUGGAAUUCUAUGACAAAGUAACAGAAGAGAGUCAGUAUAGAGAUGGACAGGUGGAUUGCAUUUUUUUGGGCUGCACAAAGGCUUUUGCUAUAGUACCACCACAAGAAACUGGCAAAAAUCUGAGGCGUAUGGAGGAAUAACAAGGAAUAUACUCUACUGAAUGAGAGUACCUUAGGGGAAGAAAACAGAGUGAUUGUCUGGCAAGAGAUAUCAGAAUGGGGAAAGAGUAACACUAAGUUUUGCAAGGAUCUGCAUUAUGAGUCAGAUGUAUUCCAGUUUGCUGAUGUAAAACUGUCGAGGAAAAUAAAAACAUGAUGAUGACAGGGAAAGGCUGCAAGUUUAAAUGAUUGCUUGAAUUCAUCCCCAGUAAAUGCAAGGUUAUGAAGAUUGGAGAAGGGGCAAGAAGAUCAGCAACAGGGUAUUAAAUCUGAGGACAGAGCCUGCAGACCUCAUUCAAAAAGAGAAAGACCCAGGAGUGAGCAUGUGCCCGCUAUAUCACCAGAGAUUAACAUAAGCCAUAUAUCUUCUUCAUCCAAUGCUUGUUUGGAAAGAGGGAAUGGUGCAGUGAUACUGACAAGAUGUGGAAAAAGACACUUAUGGAAAGUUUAAGAGUAGCCUUCAGGAAUCUCAGUAGUCAUUCUUGACUCUUUAAAUAACAUACAUCAGGCCCAUCUUGGAGUAUGUAGCACCCAUGUUGAACUCGCAUCUAAAAAAAAUCAUGUUAAGAAGCUGGAAAAAGUGCACAAGUAUGUAGUGAGGCUUGCACAGAAUUAAGUGGUAUGAACUUCGAGGAGUGGCUAAUAGAAUUGAAUCUAACAGCAUUGGAUGACAGAAGAACCAAGGGAGACAUGAUAACAUACAAAAUAUUCAGGCAAAAUUGAUAGGGUAGACAGGGAGAGACUGAGAGGUGAGAAACAGGUACAUGGGGGCGCAGUGGGCAGUAAAAGACACAGAUGAGCCGUAAGGAUGUCAGGAAGUAUUUCCUCACUCUGAGUGGUUGGGAAGUGGAAUGAUUUUGAUGAAGAGGUGGUGAAAGCAGACUUCGUAUAUUGUUUUAAGAACAGGUAGGGUAAGGCCCAUGAGGCUAUGAGUAAAUCUGGCAAACGACAAAUUGAGAGGUGAGACCAGGAGCUAAGAAUUGGCCCUUUUAACCACAAAUAAGUGAGCAUACACAUACACAAACUCACUCACUCACUCACUCACACUCUCUCUCUCUCUCUCUCUCUCUCUCUCUCUCUCUCUCUCUCUCUUUCUAUCUCUAUCUCUCUCUCUUUAUCUGUGUCUCCCUAUCUUUUUUUUUUUUUUUUUUUUUUUUUCACAGGGUUUGACAAGGAUAGGUUAAGGGUCCCUAGCUUUAUUGACAAGCUAUUUACAGGUUAAGGAUUCCUAACUUUAUUGACACGCUAAGAGCUGUUACCUACAUCAGCUCGUUUGAAAGCAUUUUUAUUGUUAUGAAACAUACAAGUAGGGAACAGGAUGAAGUUGAAGCAAUCUGUGGGCCAGCAUUUUCAUCUGAUCAACUGACUUUAUCUCGUUGACAUCAUAAUGCUGUACGAAUGUGUUCCAGACUCGAGUUAUCCUGGGAAUAAAUGAUCUUAGAUGAAGUGAUGUUCUGGAGAAGGGUACAGCCAGAGUGAAGUUGCUGCUUUCUGCCCAUCUUGUGGUAUAGAAACUUGCUUUAUGCUGUCCUCACUCUCUCUCUAUCUCUCUCUCUUUCUCUCUCUCUCUGAUAGAGGGGUGACUCAUAAAAUUGUUACAAUACUGCUCUCACCCAUGUGCUCUCUCACAGUUUACUAUAUUUCUUAUCACAGUCACCAGCAUGCAGAACAGGUGUAGACCUACAUUCCUGAGUAGACAUAUCACAACAGUAAGUUUAAAUUCACUGUAGAAAAGGGAUAAGAAAAAAUAUGGAUAACACUUGUGGCAUUUGUAAGCAAACGUUAAAUCAGUUGCAGUGCCAGGCAGCUUGGAGAGGGAAGAGGGGUCAGAGGAAUAUUAUAAAAACAGCCAUGUUCCAUCUCACCUUGCCUUAAAUCAUAUUUUGUAAUAAAAGGGAAAGCUAGAGAUUUAGCCCAGAAUAAAAGACUCCUGGUAUCCGAAUUAAAGAUACUGUUGGAAUAUGAGCAAGGUAACUUUUAUGAAGGGAUUCAGGAAACCUGGUUAGCCAGACUCAAAUCCUGGAGGUGCAGAGUACACUGACUGCACUCUGAAAGAAGGGUGGGGAUAUUGCAUUUUUGGGGGUAUCUGAGCUGUGUUGGUCACAUGCCUCUGGCAAAACAGUGAAAGAGUGAAUAAUGGUGAAAGUGUUUCUUUUUUUUUUGGGGGGGGGGGGCACCCUACUUGAGUGGGAGAUGGCUGGUGUGUUAAAAAUAAACACACACAUGCACGCACGCACACACACAGUAGCGACCAGUGAAGAGGCAGGGGCAGGAGCUGUGACUUGACCCCUGCAACCACAACUAGGUGAGUACAUCUAAACUGUCAUAUCUGCUCACCUCUGGCAAGAUGGUGAUGAUGUGAAUGAUGUGUUCCUUUUUUGAGUCACUCUGCCUCACUGGGAGACUGCCAGCGUGAUAAAAAAAAAGUUUACACCCCCACAUACACAGAGUAGACUGUCGAUUAAGAUGGUAGUUUUUAAAAGCUUUGCUAUUCAUUAAAAAUAAAAAAUAAUUAAGUUUUCUAUUCACUACAUUGUAAUUGCCAUUACUUGCUGAUAUGGAAAAGUGUGAGGGUUGAUGUGACCCUGUACAAUUCCUGUACAAACAUAUGACAGAGUGUUACUUGCCACUACAAGUCCACAUCCCUUAAUCCAAAACCCUCGGGGCUAGUAUUGUUUCGAAUUUCAGAAUUUUUUGAAGUUCAGAACGAUUCUCAACGCCGCCACAUGGUGGCCUGACCCAGCACUGAGAUGACUGAUGCUCCACAUUCCACGAAAAACCUUCAGUUUUCGGAACUUUUCCAAUUUCAGAAUUUCAGAUAAAGGGUUGUGGACCUGUGCUAUCAUCUACCUCCACCAAAACCACUGUCACCUACAAAUGUAAUUAAAAAUACCAUAUUUUAUCAGCCAAGACAAGAUUUUUUACUAAAAUGUUGCCAGAGUAAUACCCACCAUAAUAUGAAUGGAAGCUAUCUAAGAAAACAUGAAAUCAUAAAAUAAUGAUGAAAAGCUUCUUUUUCUUGUUGGGUUUGUAAAGGACACUGACAGCUUACACCAUAUUGAACCCUGCUUCCCAGUGUAUGGAGAAAAGAUAUUACCCAGAGCUUGGCCAUGAAAGAAACAGGAACAAGAGUUCCUUUGUAAAUUGAAACAGGGACUAGAAGUUCCUAAUUAGAUCAGGUGGACCCCCUUGCCAAGCCCCAGCACAGUGAGAUGCCCACUCUUCACUUGAGUUCAGUAAAUGGCUUCCCACCAAAACUGUUAAAGAAUUAUCUACAGGGUGGAAAAAUGGAGCUGGUUAAGCUGAUGACAGAUGCCCCUCAUGUGAUGUGCCUGGCGAGCAAAGCAAGACAAGUGUCACAGAGAGAACGGGGAAGAUUUGUCACUGAUGCUUAGGCAAGAGUGAGACAUCCACACUUGACCUCAAGGCUAGCAAAGAAGUCCGAUGAAGACCUUCUCAAGGCUCAGAGCAUAUGUUAUUAUUGUUGGGUUAAUGGUUGUGAUGGCACAAGGGUCAUUGUGUCUUCACUGCUAUGAAAUUAGCUGCCAGAAUGCUUUUGCAAAUAUAAAUUAUCUAGUACAUAUAAAUUUAUUACAAUAAAAAUUAAAUAAAAUAAUCA